AUGGAUCUAUCUAAAGGAGCAUCAAAUGAUGCUCGUAAACAAAGAGAAGUACGAGAUAAAAAAGCUGAAUGUAAUAGUCAAUUAUUAGUAUUAGCAGCUGCAUGUGGAGCUCAAAUACGAUUAAGAAAAACAAAAAAAUCAAGUUAUGCAAAAAAAGUAUAUAUUUCAGAUGAUGUGUAUUUUAAUAAACGAUAUGACCAAAAUAAAAUUUUAGAAAUUGCCGUUAUAUUUGAAUGUGUUGUUAGAAAAAUGUGGAAUGAUGCAAGAAAAAAUUCAAAUAGUGAAAUUAUUAUUGAAAAAAAUCAGUUUGAUACAAUAAAAAAUGAAAAAGAAAUUAAAGACUUAAUAAACUGUAAAUUAGAUAUUUUAACAAAUGAUGAAAAAUUAGUUGGAUGUAAUAAUUUAUGGAAUGAUAAACCAAGUAUUAAUAGUGUUGAUACUCCUUUUUCUUUUAAAACAAAUGAAUUCUUAAGAAAAAGAAAAAACAGAAAUAGAGAAUCUGCUUUUAAUUCAUUUCUUUCAUGGAUUCUUAUUGAAAAAGGAAUUAAAUUAAUAUGUCGUAUUUCUUCACAAAAAGUAACUUCAAAAACUAUGAAUUUUUAUUUAUGGAAGUCUUAUAAACUACCAAAUGGAAAUAAUAUUAGUGAGUCUUAUCUUACAUCAAUUACUGACAAAUGUCGUAGACUUCUUAAUUCCUCUUUUAAAAAUACUAAUUGUUAUAUUCUUUCUCAAGAAACUCUUAAUGAUGCACAAUUAACUCCUGAUGAAAUUAAACUUAUUGGAUAUACUUAUGUAAAAGUUGAUUCUUCAGUUUUUGAUAGUUCUAUAACUGACAAAUCUGAUGAAAUUACAAUUGAUCAAAUCCAUUUUGACAAUGAAAUGCUUCAUUCUUUAGGCUUCUAA